UAAACACAAGAUUCUGUGAAGAAAGUGUUUACAGAGAAGGGGAAAAGGAUGAGAAGGGAGAUCUGCACAGCUGAAAUACUUGAUGUUUAGACCAGUCUUUUGUGACUCUAGCCACAAAUGACUCCUAUGUGAAAGGAGCACUGGUACUUGGUUCAUCCUUGCAACAGUACAGAACAACAAGGAAGCUGACUGCACUCAUAACUCCUCAGGUCUCAGAUCUUAUGAGGAAAGUGCUGGAAAAAGUCUUUGAUGAAGUCAUAUUGGUAAAUGUCUUGGAUAGUGGGGAUUCAGCACACUUGGCGUUAAUGAAAAGACCUGAGUUGGGCGUCACACUAACAAAGCUUCACUGCUGGGAGCUGACACAGUUUUCAAAGUGUGUUUUCAUGGAUGCAGACACAAUGGUUUUGUCAAAUAUAGAUGAGCUUUUUGAGAGAGAAGAGCUAUCUGCAGCACCAGAUCCAGGCUGGCCCGACUGUUUUAAUUCAGGAGUUUUUGUUUACCGACCUUCUAUUGAAACAUACAGUCAGCUGUUACAGUUUGCCACAGAGAAAGGCAGCUUUGAUGGUGCAGAUCAGGGGUUAUUAAACACGUUCUUCAGCAGCUGGGCAACAACAGACAUGAGCAAACAUCUACCGUUUAUUUAUAAUUUGAGCAGCACUUCUGUAUAUUCCUACCUUCCAGCAUUUAAAGCGUUUGGUGCAAAUACUAAGGUGGUGCAUUUCCUGGGAAGCACAAAGCCAUGGAACUAUACAUAUGACUCCAGAACAAAAAGCAUAAAGGGCAACAUGGAUGACCCUAAAAUAGUUCACCCAGAAUUCCUCAACAUGUGGUGGGAUACCUACAUAGCUGAUGUUUUACCAUUACUAGAACAGCAUGGAAUUGUUAAAGAAAUUACUACAGGGGUAAAUAUGCUAUCGGGCUUGGUCUAUACUCUGGCUUUCUCUUGUGGCUUCUGUAGAGAGGCAGAAGUUACAGAGGCAGUGUCCCACGUAUCAGUAUCACCACUAUUACCAACUGAAUCUUCAGAAGAACGCAAGGAACGGUGGGAACAGGGCCAAGCUGACUAUAUGGGAGCGGAUUCCUUUGACAACAUCAAGAAGAAACUUGAUACUUACCUUCAGUAGAAGUGCCUGUCUCAAACAGUGGUGAUGCAAGGACUUGUUCCAGAACUAACAGCUAGAAAGCUAUAGAUGGUGGUCAGUUACACUUGCUAGUAGCUUGAGGAAAAACUUCUUGGCUGAAGGCCUCUGCAGUGCUACAGAUGAAGACUGAGCAAAAGCUAGGAAGCAGAAUCCUUGGGCCACCUAUUACUGCCCAAUUUCCAAUUCUCCCUACUAGAUAAAACCAGGUAUUUUCAGCUUAAAAUGUCUUCUGUUUUGAUCAAUUGGCUCAACAUAUUCUUUAAACUGGGUUUGUUACCUCACCUCAUUAGGUGAUUAGCAUUGAUUCCUUUGCUUGCUGUUUUAGAUGUAAAAUCUAAUUCAUGGGAUUGCUCAUACACUGGAGUGGUAGCCAUUCUGCUUUACCAUAAAUGUAUUAAUGACACUGGGGUACAUACAGUUGUAACAGUAAUAGCACUGCUUUGCUCUUCCAGUCACAAUUGCACUGAAAUUUUGACCAGGUUCUUACGCACAGUGCCUGCAGCAUGGCAGAAUGCGUUUUUCAGUUCUGUAUACUAUGGGACUAGUAAACUGAGUUUUAUCUGUUCCUUGCAAUGUUGCACUUGAUACAAAAAUAAAAAGUUGUCAUGCA